UUAGAUAAGAAAGCUGACAAAACUUAUGUGGAUGAAGAACUUGAAAAGAAAGCAAGCAGAGAUGAACUUAGUUCGUAUACUAGAGCAGAAGAUAUAGCAAUAAUUCAGAAAAGUAUUGACAAAAAGGCUGACAAAAAACAUUGGCAUUAUACAGUAAAAGGAGGUAAGGGAGUGCGCGUUGGUUCAGAUUAUUCUGAAUAUCUUGAAAGAACAAAUGAAACUAAAGUCAUUGACGGUAUAACAUAUACACGUUUCAACAGAACUAAGACAGGAGUACAUUAUGGAGUUCAUAGAGAAGAUAUUCGUAAAAGUUUUGAAUGGAAUGAAGAAAUAUGGUCAGCAACUGCUGAAAUGGAUAUGGGUUUAAAUCCGGAGUUUUUCAUUCAAAUCGUUGAAGUUAAAAACUAUGAAGAUAUAAUGGAGGACAAAGCUGACAAAACAGAGCUUCAAACAUUAAAGACUGAAAUACUUCAAACAUUAUAUCCUAUAGGCUCUAUUUAUACGUCAAUGAACUCAACAAAUCCAGCAAGUGUUUUAGGUUUUGGUACUUGGGAACAGAUUGUAGACAAAUUCUUAUACUGUGCUAACUCUUCAAAGCAAACAGGAGGUUCGAAGAAAAUUACUGAAGCAAACUUACCUGCACACACUCAUACAGGAACUACAAACUUUUCUGGCGACCAUAGCCACUCAUUAAGAGACCACCCAUUAUACAACUCAGACUAUGAAGCUGGCAAUGAAGUUUUAUCUCCAUCUUAUAACAAUUCAGCAAAAAAGACUUUUCGACCAACUGAACCAGGAGGAAAUCAUGUCCAUACUUUCACAACAAAUCCAACAGGCUCGGGUGAAGAUUAUAUGCCACCAUUUAUGACUGUAUUCGCAUGGUACCGUCUUGAAUAA